ACAUCGGACGUGAAAACCUCAGUUGCAGCUGGUCGGCAGUAUGGUCUCCUACUUUCGGAAUUCCUUCGCGUUUUUAGGCUUUUUAAGUGUGUUAGUCCUUGGAUAUGGCCAAGAGGAUACGGGAUCGCUGGAGCUCGUGCAGAUGAUGUAUCGGCAUGGAGACAGAGCCCCAAUUACAUUAUAUCCAAACGAUCCUCAUAAUGCAACAAUAUGGCCAAAUGGGCUUGGUCAGUUAACAAAGAGAGGAAAGGCUAUGCAAUACGCACUUGGCCGAUGGCUAAGAAAUCGAUACAAAAAUUUCAUUAGUGAAAAAUGGAUCCCAGAGGAAGUGUACGUCCGCAGCACAGAUGUCGAUGCACCUGAGCCAUGCAACUUAGCUGCAUUGUACUACCCCGAGACGCCAGAACGUUUUGAAGAUGACGUGGCUUGGCUUCCAACACCCAUUCACACUGCUCCACUCUCGGAAGAUUUGUUACUAAGUGUGGACCAGAGUUGCCCCAGGAUCCAGAAGGAACUGGUUCGUCAGGAGGAACUGCCAGUGGUGAAGAAUGUUACGCAGGAGAGCCAAAAACUCUUCCAGUUUCUAACAGAGAAAUCUGGCCAGAAUGUGACGACUAUAUUGGACGUUGAUUACUUAUACGACACUCUGCGGAUAGAGGCAUUAUAUAACUUGACACUGCCUGAAUGGACCCAUGAUGUUCUCCCAGCCAUGAAGGAACUUUCUGACUUCAGCUUUGAAAUUGUGGCUUUGUCCGAGGAACUGAAACGGUUAAGAGCUGGUCCAAUAAUUGGGGAAAUGGGCAAGAACAUGCGGGAGAAAGCAGCCGGCAACACACCACAGCAGAAAAUGUUUAUGUAUUCAGCCCAUGACACAACAUUGGCACAGCUACUCCUCGGCUUGGGUGUAUUCAACAAUGUGGCUCCACCCUAUGCCACCACGUUCAUUAUUGAACUGCACAGGCAUAAUGAGAAUGAACAUUAUGUUAAGAUGUUCCUCCGUAAUGACACCAAAAUUAUUGACCCACCCUAUGAGCUCCACCUGCCAGGCUGUCCUGAGCCAUGCACCCUCGAUGAUUGGCUAAGCAUCACUAGUCAGGUUGUGCCGGAGGAUUGGGCUGCUGAGUGCAAUGCUGAUGAGGACGUGGUUGAAAUGGCAACUGAGACAUUAGUUGCCAUCUCAGUAGCUGUCUUCCUGGGCAUUCUUCUUCUUCUCCUGGUCAUCUUCAAUUUGUGCCAGUGGAAACAAUCAAAGCAUUUCAACUACCAAGCCGUCCCAAACAACUUUUCGUAGUGCUAGGUUCCUCGGAGAGUGAAAACCUGAUGCUUGCUCACACGGAAGGAAGGGCUGUGCAAAAUGGAAUUCUGUCAUCAAAGCGUUUUACAGAUGAGUGAAUGGAAUUUAAAGGAAAGGAUUGGUGGACUUUAACCCUUGUGAUAAAAAGAAGAAAAAAAA